AUGUCAGCACGUGGAGGCAAAAUUGUUAUUGCUAGUGUGGCAGUAGUAGCGUCGUGGUUUUUUGGAGUAAAUUUUUGGAAGCCUCUAGUCAUUGAGCAGUUACACAAGGAUGGCAAUCUACGUGACGAUGUUGCCUAUGUCAAGACAACGGAUGAGAUGGACUCAUGGACAGAUUUGAGAAACAAAUGGAAGGCAUUUGUCGAUCCCCAGCACAACUUUUCGGAGGCCGACAAGCAAAGUUUGGAGAAAUUGAAGGAACAUUUGCAAGAAAAUAAGCCUACUGAAAAGACCGACAAGUAA